AGAGCAGCAGAGUUAGGCCAGUCAGUCAGUCAGCUGUUUCCUCUCAGGUCCUCAGAGAAGCUUUAAUUUCACUUUUACCUGUUAGAGAUAAAACACGGACGGACUGAAGAUGAGCAGUGAGAAAUAUCCACGCUCCUCCAUAGAGGAUGAUUUUAACUACGGAACCAACGUGGCCACGGCCAGUGUUCAGAUCCGGAUGGGUAAGUCUAACCAGCUAACAUGCUAACAGACUGAUCAGCUGACACGUCAGAUAAAAACACCGCUGACUGAGGAUGACCUCACUAUAAACAUUAUUAAUAUUAUUAUUAUUAUUAAUAAAGAAGAAAAUGACACGAUUGUUUACUGCUAAUGAGAGACACGAGAUGACACGUCAGAUGACACGUGAUAACAGGCUAACACCUGAGGAACAGGUGACAGGAAACAGACCUGCCAAAAACACAGACACACACAGACUCACACAGACCAACACACAGACCAUUACAGACUAAUACUCACACACACAGACCAACACAGACUCACUCAGACUCACACAGACCAACAAAGACUCACACAGACCAACACACAGACCAUUACAGACUAAUACUCACACACACAGACCAACACAGACUCACUCAGACUCACACAGACCAACAAAGACUAACACAGACCAACACACAGACUCACACAGACCAUUACAGACUAAUACUCACACACACAGACUCACACAGACCAACAAAGACUCACACAGACCAACAAAGACCCACACAGACCAACACACAGACUCACACAGACUCACACAGACCAUUACAGACUAAUACUCACACACACAGACUCACUCAGACUCACACAGACCAACAAAGACUCACACAGACUCACUGUGUUGGACUCCAGGAAGACUAACUUUGUCUUGAUAAAAGCUAAUGAGGAACCUAAUAAACAAUAAACACAAACUCACACAGUCUAACUACACAAAUCUGAAAUAACAGUAUGACCACACUGAGGUGUACCUGUUGUGUUACCUGUGUUACUCCUGUUGAUGUGUACCUGUUGUUACCUGCGCAGACUUCCUGAGGAAGGUCUACAUGCUCCUGAGUCUGCAGAUCAUCCUGACCACGGCCACCUCCGCUCUGUUUAUGUUUUCGGACACGAUCAAAGGGUUUGUCCACGACAGGUGAGUCAGCUGAUCUCCCAGACUGUCCCACCCUGACACCUGAUUACAUUUAAUCAUAAUCACUGAGGUCACAGGUCAUGUGAUAAUGAUGAAGAUGAUGAGGAUGAGGAUGGUUGCACUCUGACGGUCCCUCGCUCUCUGACUUUGUUCUGUUUCAGUCCUGCUGUGGUUCUGGGUUCAGCUCUGGGUUCUCUGGUGGUUCUGGUGGUUCUGGCUUUUUACAGACAUCAACACCCGCUCAACCUGUACCUGCUGCUGCUGUUUGUAAGUCUGUAAUCUGGUUACUAUGUAACUACAGGGACAUGGUUCUAUAUUCACUAGUCUCAGUAUUGAACAGCUCUUAAUAAUGAUGCUAGAUUAGCCGCUCACUGCCUGUGGAUCUGAACCAUCAGUUUGUAAUUUCGUCCGUUUUUGUCACUAACUGUUGUUUUGUUUUCAGACUGUUCUGGAGGCGGUGUCCGUGGCAACAGCCUGUAAGUAACAACCGAACUGUCCACAGCCGCUGAGACUGUUAGUACACUGUUAGUCUGCUGCUCGCUGAUCGUCCUGGCUGGUGUCUAACUGUUGCGUCCUCUCUCCUCAGUAACGUUCUACGAGUACUCCACCGUGCUGCAGGCCCUGUUCCUCACCUGUGCCGUGUUUGUCGGACUCACAGCGUUCACCUUUCAGUCAAAGAGAGACUUCAGUAAGAUGGGAGCGGGGUGAGUGUCUGCUGAGAACCUCAGGUGUAAUUUACAUGAAUAUUAACCCUGUAUAAAGUGUUGGGCGGUAUGAACCAAAUCUUAUAUCACAGUAACAGUACAUAUGACUGUAUGUUUAUUCCCUCUAUAAAUUCAGUUAGUGUCCUAAAAAUAACCCGACUGUCUCAUUUGUUCAUUUUCCUUUUAUUUUAAAUUCUGAUUUGUAAACUAAAUGUCAGACCAGUCUGGCGAUUUUUGCUCAUAUGGUGUAACUUUGGGGAAGACUUUGAGAGAGGCUGCUGCAGUUUUAGUUUUCGGUGCAGCAGGUGCAUGACGCAUCUUUAGUCUCUCAUAAUAGAGCUCGGCGUGUUUCAUCUUUAGCUGGUGGAAGAGGUUGUUGGUGUUUCCUCCUCCACCAACGACAGCCACACAACACUCUUUGUAUAGUUUUGUUUUUGAUCAUUGUUGGAUUUUCUAAAUCCGAAGAAUCUCCAGACAACCGAUGUUGCGACUCGCGCCCUUUUUCUGAACAAGUUCCUCCUCCUCUUCCUCAUCUCCGCGUCCGCCAUGACCACCACCAGUGAAGCUGUUUCUUAUUCGUUGAAACUAUGCCAAGCAGUCUGCUGGACACGCUGGUGAUUACAGGGAGCGCACUUAAACCUGACCAAUC